AUGGAUCGUGAAAUUCAACUUCCGUGCGACGCCGAUGACGUAUGCAUGCGCUGCAAAGUCAAGAUCCCGUCGGAAGAGUGUCUCACGUGCAGCACGUGCGUGACGCCGUGGCACGUGGCGUGUCUCCGUUCCCCUCCCGAAACCCUAGCUUCGACUCAGUCGUGGGAGUGUCCCGAUUGCUCCGGCGAUGUCGUCGAUUCGGCUCCUGUUUCCGGUUCGAGUAGUGGUCUCGUGGCGGCGAUCCACGCGAUUGAGGCGGAUUCGUCUCUUACGGAGGCGCAGAAAGCGAAGAAGAGGCAGCAGUUGAUGAGCGGGAAAGCAGCUGCGGAGGAGGAGGAGGAGGAAGACAAGAAAGAAGAAGACUCAGGUUUUCUGGAAGCGCUUCGUAAGAAAAUCAGUUGCUCAAUCUGCCUCCAGUUGCCUGAGAGACCCAUCUCGACACCAUGCGGCCACAAUUUCUGUCUCAAGUGUUUCCAGAAAUGGGUUGUUGGUAAAAGGAAGCCAACAUGUGUGACAUGUAGAGCUGAAAUUCCUAAGAAGGUGGUAGACAACCCUAGAAUCAACUCCAUUCUGGUCUCAUCAAUCCGUCUUGCAAUGAUCUCCAAAUCCACUAAUGUCUCAACCACAAAGACCUACCAGUUCAUUAGGAACUCUGACCGCCCUGAGAAGGCAUUUACAACCAAAAGGGCCAAAAAGACAGGUAAGGCUAAUGCCUGCAGUGGGAGGAUACAUGUCACAGUGCCAUCUGACCACUUUGGUCCCAUUUCGGCCGAGAAUGAUCCUAAAAGAAAUCAAGGUGUCUUGGUCGGAGAAGCUUGGGAAGACAGACAAGAGUGUCGGCAGUGGGGAGCACACUUCCCUCAUGUUGCAGGCAUUUGUGGGCAAUCAACUCAUGGAGCUCAGUCUGUAGCACUCUCGGGAGGCUACAAGGAUGAUGAGGACCAUGGUGAAUGGUUCCUCUACACUGGAAGUGGAGGGAGAGACUUGACAGGGAACAAGAGAACUAAUAAAAAUCAAGCGUUUGAUCAAAAAUUUACGAAGUCUAAUGAAGCUCUGAGGCUUAGCUGCAAGAUGGGUUAUCCUGUAAGAGUUGUCAGGUCUCACAAGGAGAAACGUUCUGCAUAUGCUCCUGCUGAAAAGAGUGUCAGAUAUGAUGGCAUUUACAGGAUUGAGAAGUGCUGGAGAAAAGUUGGUGUACAGGGCUUUAAGGUCUGUCGUUACCUUUUUGUCAGAUGUGACAACGAACCAGCCCCAUGGACCAGUGAUGAGCAUGGUGAUCGUCCACGACCUUUGCCUACUAUUCCAGAGAUUAAGAAGGCUACUGAUAUGUUUGUGAGAAAGGAUAGCCCAUCAUGGGAUUUUGAUGAAGCUGAUGGUCGUUGGAAGUGGAUGAAGUCUCCACCUGCUAGCAGAAAGGCAAUUGAUGCUUUGAAUCCUGAAGAUAGGAAGAGCGCGAGGAAAGCCAUGAAAGGAAACAAAAAUGACCAGUAUCUCAAAGAGUUUGGUUGCCAAAUCUGUCGGCAAGUGAUGAGUUUUCCUGUGACAACGCCUUGCGCUCACCACUUCUGCAAGGAAUGCUUAACAGGCAAAUUUGCUGGGAUAACACAAGUGAGGGAGAGAAGCAGAGGUGGGAGAACUCUACGUGCUCAGAAGAACGUCAUGAAAUGCCCUUGCUGCCCAGCUGACCUCUCUGACUUCAUGCAGAACCCACAGGUGAAUAGAGAAUUGAUGGAUGUGAUAGAGGAGGUGAAGAAGAAGAAAGAGUUGGAGGAGAAAGCAGAUGAAACCAACUCUGAAAAUUCUGUUGAAGUAGGAGGAAACACAGAAUCUGAAGAAGAAGAAGAGGACCAAGAGGAAGAAGAGGAAGAGGAAGACGAAGAGGAGGAAGAAGAAGAAUCUGAGGUUCACGAAGAUGAGCCAGCAACUAAGAAGAUCAAACUCUCUGCUUAA